GUUUAAAACUCGGAAAGUCGUUGUCGGAUGGCGGCAGCAAUUUCAAUCAAUAGAGAUAAGGCACUCUUCUUCACAGUUCACACAAUCUCUUCCCUCACUUCACAUGGCCACACUUCAAGCUUCUCUUCUCUGCAGAGCUUCCCUCCCAUUCACCUCUCACAACCAUCGCCAUCCUCUUCUCUACAACAAGCUCCCUCUCUCUCCAUGCAGACUCUCGCGCUCCUCCGCCGAAACCCAAACACCUCCCAGUUCAACCAAACACGAACACAGGUUACCGAUCGCCGCGUUCUUCGAGGGAGCGCGAGAGACUGCCCAAAAGGCUUUCUCCGAUUUCGCUAACUGGUUCCCGCUCUGGCAACAGGAGAGGCGUUUGGCUAGGUUAAUUAUCGACGCCGAGGCUAAUCCCAAUGACGUUGCCAAACAAACUGCGCUACUUAUUGAACUUAAUAAGCACAGUCCUGAGUCUGUGAUCAAGCACUUUGAAGGAAGGGAGGGUGCUGUAGACAGUAGAGGAGUUGUGGAAUAUGUUCGAGCUCUUGUGAUGACUAAUGCUAUUGCUGAAUAUCUUCCAAAUGAGGAAUAUGGGAAACCUUCUAGACUUCCUACCCUGUUGCAAGAGUUGAAGCAGCGAGCAUCAGGUAACUCGGAUGAGCCUAUUCUUAGCCCUGGAACAUCAGAAAAGCAGCCAUUACAUGUGGUUAUGGUUGAUCCCAAGGUAUCACAAAAGUCACGUUUUGUACAGGAUCUUUUAUCAACUAUUUUGUUUAUUGUUGUUAUGGGAUUGGUCUGGGUUAUGGGUAUGGUUGCACUUCAAAAAUUCAUAGUAAGCUUGGGUGGGAUUGGAACUUCAAGUUCUGGAUCAAGUACUUCAUAUGCCCCAAAGGAACUAAAUAAGGAAGUGAUGCCGGAAAAGAAUGUGAAAACAUUUAAAGAUGUGAAAGGUUGUGAUGAUGCAAAACAAGAACUUGAGGAAGUUGUGGAGUACUUGAAAAAUCCGGCUAAAUUUACCCGCCUUGGAGGAAAGUUGCCGAAGGGGAUUCUCUUGACAGGACCUCCUGGAACUGGAAAAACUCUGCUAGCCAAGGCUAUUGCUGGAGAAGCCGGUGUUCCCUUUUUCUAUCGGGCAGGAUCAGAAUUUGAGGAGAUGUAUGUUGGAGUUGGUGCUCGACGUGUAAGAUCAUUAUUUCAAGCAGCAAAAAAGAAGGCUCCUUGUAUCAUUUUCAUCGAUGAAAUAGAUGCUGUUGGUUCAACUAGGAAACAGUGGGAGGGUCAUACAAAGAAGACAUUGCAUCAACUACUCGUUGAAAUGGAUGGAUUUGAGCAGAAUGAAGGAAUAAUAGUAAUGGCUGCAACAAACCUGCCUGAUAUUCUUGAUCCUGCUUUAACGAGGCCUGGUAGAUUUGAUCGACAUAUUAUUGUACCAAAUCCGGAUUUACGGGGUCGACAAGAAAUAUUGGAGCUUUACCUUCAAGAUAAACCUUUGGCUGAUGAUGUAGAUAUUAAAACAAUUGCUCGUGGAACCCCAGGAUUCAAUGGGGCAGAUCUUGCAAACCUGGUAAACAUUGCUGCUAUUAAAGCUGCUGUUGAAGGUGCAGAGAAGUUAGCAGCUGCACAGUUGGAGUUUGCCAAAGAUAGAAUAAUUAUGGGUACAGAACGGAAAACAAUGUCCAUAUCAGAAGAGUCAAAAAAGCUUACUGCUUAUCAUGAGAGUGGUCAUGCAAUAGUUGCCAUUAACACUGAGGGUGCUCAACCAAUUCACAAGGCAACAAUCUUGCCUCGUGGAUCUGCUUUAGGAAUGGUCACGCAGCUUCCCUCUGGUGAUGAGACAUCAGUCAGCAAGAAGCAGUUACUAGCUCGCCUUGAUGUUUGUAUGGGAGGAAGAGUUGCAGAAGAAAUUAUCUUCGGUCAGGAUCAUAUCACAACUGGAGCAAGCAGUGAUCUAAACUCGGCUACUGAGCUUGCCCAAUAUAUGGUAUCAAUCUGUGGAAUGAGUGAUGCAAUAGGGCCAGUUCAUAUAAAGGAGAGACCUAGUUCUGAAAUGCAGUCCCGUAUUGAUGCAGAGGUUGUUAAACUUCUUAGAGAAGCAUAUGAUCGAGUGAAAGCCCUUCUAAGAAAGCAUGAGAAGGCAUUACAUGCUCUGGCAAAUGCAUUAUUAGAGUAUGAGACACUUAAUGCAGAAGAAAUCAGGCGGAUACUACUACCAUAUCGGGAAGGAAGAGUACCAAAGAAACAGGAACAAGAAUCAGAACGGGAGCUCGUGUUGGUCUAAACAUUCUUUCAGUUUGUUGUCUGUUAACUAUACUAACUAUAGGGGGACGCUCUGUACAGCAUACAUAGUCGCCCAACAGGUAUAUUUCUUGAUCCAAUUGUGCAGAUCCACACCUUUGUGCAUGCUAUUCUGGCAUAUGAUUCUGAUAGGAAGUGACACACCUUUAGCCUAUCUGAAGCAAGUAGUCCUGUUCACAAUGACAAAGGCUGGAAUAUUGCUCUUGCUAGGAGUGCGAGCAUCAUUUUUUGGUGAGAACUAUUUAUAAUUUGUAGAAAGAUGUGUAUUUGGACACUCUUUGAGAAUUGUGCCUACCAGUGUACACAUUAUUCAUUGCUUUAAAAAUUUAUUGUUUACGGAGAUCCAAGUAUCUGUGGUCUUUAUUUUUGAUGGACUGGAAGUGAUGAACAUAAGAUUUUCGCGA